GUCGACACUUGGGGAUAUAUAGGAGCUUCCCCCCCGACGCCUGAGAACAAGGUCUGAAAUUUGGGCCGGGUACAGUCACACGGGUGCAGCCAAAAUGACGGACAAAAAUCCAGAGGUGAUGGUGUGCGAUGCGUCAAUUAUGAAGAACGUUUGGGAGAUCAGGCUCCGGGAGUACGGGCAGAGGAUAAAAUUGGAGCAAGAUAGAAUCGAAAAGAGUGCCCUACUGAGAAUUAAUGAAGAUUGGGCAAAGCGCAUGUCUGGACAUGUAAAACCAAGAAGAGUUGAAAGAAAAGCCAAACCUCCAGAGGAGCUUCCUGCCCAGACCUUCAAACCCAAGCAGGUGCCUCUGGGAAGACCUAGUGGAUUUGUGAGCAGUCGACCACAGAAGCAAGUUGACGUAAAAAAAGACACGAAACCAACGAAACAAAGCAAGCUGAAUCUGUUACUUAGUCUAAACGAGAAGCAGCCAGGCAUGAUGGUGUGGACCAAGGCUUGGAAGUUCUCACAGGCUUUACCACAACCAGAACAGAUGCCUGCUGCAUCAGACUGGGGAACGGCAUGGAAGUUCCUAAAUAUCCAGCCAAAGAAUGAAGGAAAAUCAUGGAUGGAACAGGAACGUGACGCCGACGAUACCAACAACAACGUUACCUACAACGAGGCUCUGCUUCAGUGGGAGAAGGUUGAUAAGACACUGUACUUUCAGACGUUUGAGGAAGAAGACUUGGCUAUUCCAGACUGGGAGAAAUCCUGGAAGUACACAAAGCAGAGGAAAGACUGUCAAAGUGAUGAAAAAACUAAUUUAAGACAGAAAAGUCUUGACGUGUUCCAACAGUUCCAACGCUACAAUGGGGAACGCUCGUCGUCUGAGUGGAACGAAUCCUGGAAGUCACCUAAACCACCAAACGAGGAACACGUUACUUUUGAACGGAAGAGUACAAAUAAGGAAGACAAUGAAAAUGAAAAUAGAAACCAAGAAGAAGAACAAUCCACCAUUCCAUGGGGUCAAUCUUGGAAGCAGUUCAAGAAACAGCUUCACCUGCCAUCAAAAUCAAUGGGAACAUCGAUUCCACCUGCCUGGAUGGACUCCUGGAGAGUUUCUAAACCUAUUUCGCCAAAGCUGCAUCAAGAAUCAGCAACAACCAGGUCAAAUGUAUUAGAGCCUCAAGUGAAUAUGCCUGAGGAGCCAUUGGAUCCUAAAAGGUACCAAUCAAUAAUGGAAGCUUCCAGAGAAGAACAGUUGAAGAGCAAAAUGGAAUUGUGGAAUUCCCAGCUCCAGGCAAAAGAUCCCUUGCCUGUCAAUGAGUGGCAGAAAUCAUGGAUGACCACUAAGAAUAUGUCAGAGUAUAAAGAACAACCUAUUGAGAAGAUGAGUAGAGAAGAUAAACCAAUGCCAAUGCCAAUUGAACGUCAAGAAAUGAAGAAAGUAGGGUUUGGUAGUGGCCUGCAACAACAUGGCCAAUUUGAGUUAAUUCCAUUAUUCCCUAAGAGAUUCCCUAAGCCUCCACAGAUAACAGAACUCUCAGAGCUCUCAAAGGACAAAGAACCUUUCAUCUCAAGGUGGAAAGACUCUUGGAAGUCCUUAAAAAAACAACGUAGACAAGACAGAAUCCAAAGCAGGCUACAAAGAAUGUCCCAACAAGCCCAACAAGUAGGCACUCCUCAAACUUCUCUGAGCGGAUGGACUAAUUCCUGGAGGUUCACAAACCUAAACCUUAACCAGAAUAGCGAUCUCUGGCAACAAGGUUGGGCCACUUAUUCCCGAAAUAGACCUGAAAGGUGGGUUCGAGAAAAUGACUUCCCCAAUAAUGGGCCGACAUCGGCUCGUGGAUGGGGUGAGUCUUGGAGAUCGACAAGACAUCAACACCGCGCUGAAAGGGAAGCAACACGCACUGCAUCAACCCAACGUCCGUCAACCCAACGUCCAUCAACCCAACCUCAACCAGAUAGGUUAGAGACUCAGCUUCACCAACAAGAAAGAAGCGAGCAUUCUUGCUCAGAUUGGGAGCAAUCAUGGAAGUUCUCAAUGAAUGAGUAUCAUCAUGACAAACCUUCAUCGACAGAGUGGGCAGAUUCUUGGAAGUUCUGUAGUUUCCAUUGUGAGGAUUGGUCGAAACGCCAAACUGAACCUAACAAAGGUCAAUGGAAGUCAAUAGUGAUCAAUGGUAGGAAGGGGCUUCACCUUCCUUGUCAUAUGAUAAGCAGUUCAUUUGAGGCUCAGGUCUUCAAGCAAAGGUUUCCUUCAAAAGAAUGGCAGAAUUCAUGGAAAAUGUUUACUGGAAAGAAACAGUCCAAACCCGGCAGGGACAUCCCUCAAUCUUGGGAUCAUUCCUGGAUGUUCAAUCCCACACAAUUCUACCGAAGUUCUAGUGGAAGCGACGAUUCGUCAUCCAUGCAGUGGAGUCAAAGAAAUUUAGCACAGUACGAAAGCACUUCGGAAUGGGGUCGAUCAUGGAGGAUCGCCAACAUCCAGCCUCCGAAGAGCGUCGCUUCAUGGUUUGAAGCAGAGCCAUGUACAUGUUCUCCAACAUAUAUGGUCUUCUGGACGCGAUACAAAUGCAACGACUGCCUGUUUUCCCUUCUCGCCAAAGAAUACGCCAAACUUAAGAAGUGGAGCAUUGCCUGGAGGUUCAUGAAACUGGAGAGCAAGAUCGACAUGAAGGCUGCGAUUAGUCAAACAACGCCUGAAGACGAUUCCAUCAUAAUAAAGAAGGUGAUGAAGCCAAAGAAGCCUAUGUUUUCUCAAGUGGAAAAAGACAAAGAAGCAUCAUAUCUAAAGAGGUGGGUCGAUGCCUGUAAGCUAGCAAAGACUCAGCCACGCCCGAAACGGGAGGUCAAGUCCAAACCUGGUGAAGCGAAGGAUGAAGCUCUUAAAGCGAUGAUUGCGGAAUGGGCAGAAUCAUGGAGAUUCGCGUCUGAUUCUAAAACUGAUGAGCCGGUUAAAGUAUCGGUAUCUCUUGCUGAUUGGGAAGAUUCCUGGAAGUUCCUGCUUAGCUCUUAUGCACCUCAGAGCAGCCCAAAGAUGAUGAUGGGAAGCCAAAAGGGACGUUCCUAGUUUGUGGCAUGGAAACAAUAUGAAUGUAUGAGUUUUAUAAGGGUCAAUAUCAAUAUAACGUGCCUUUUGUGCCUUUCGUGUCCAAGGCAUUGUUGUUUCAUAUAUUUCAUAUAUUUCAUAUAACUCUUGUGUAACAAUACAUUUUAAGAUGAAGAUAUUUACUCUAAAUAAACACUUUAUUAUUACACUUAUAUAAAGGAAAUUUAACCUUAAACUUCACAAAAGUAAGUUUUUUACAUUUCUUUUAUACAGUUUUCUGUAUAAAAUGUUGGGAUUGGGGAGUUUGGUUAAGUUAUUUAAGCUGUCAUCAUUGGAUAAUAACGCCCCUUUAAGGAGGAAAUAACCUUUGAGAUCAUCAGUGAGAUCACAACCUUCACAAUGCUUUAUUUUAAAGUCAGUUUCUACUAAAUGUUCAGCUAUUAGUAAUGUUAAUUUCACUUAAUAUUUCUCAUCUCGUUUCAAUACUAAGCCUUACUGAGGUAAAUCUUAAUCUGUGCGCCCUGUUGCGGUAAAUGUCCAGGUGAUUAAACUAUUAAUAUAUAUAUAUAUAUAUAUAUAUUUGAAACAGAACAACAAUGUCUGCAACUGUAGCUCAUAAGCUGUGUUUUCAUAAAAUACCAAUUUUUGCUAAAAUUGUCCACCCUGUUGUGCAGCUUGCCAUGACAGGAUGGACAUAUACAAGACAGGAAAUAUAUUAAAAUGAAAAUAUAUAGUGAUCAAGUGUGAAAAUAUGAUUUAUGUUUUAGUUAUAAGUCGUUACACAUUGUCAUGAGGGCCAAAAGGCACGGUAUUCUGAUAAUGACCCAUUCGGGUUACAGCAGGUAAAUUUAGACGUAGGCUAUAAAAGAGGAAGAGCGGUAUGUAUUACAGACGCGAGCGAGUGAAGGCGUGUGGAAUGUCAUUUAAUUUAGUAAUGUAUGGAAGCGGCUCCUGUAAUCAGAGUGAAAUAUACUGAUCUGAUGUCAUUAUUUACUGAGCUGAGAUGAAACGGUUUGUGUUUGUGCAGCUAAUAAAGUGUCACCAGAAUAUAAUGAACGCUCCUCAAAGUGCUUUAAAGAACAUUAACUCUGAGCAACGACCCAGGCUCACACGAUUUUGUCUUUAUUUAUAUAUUUAUAUUAUUUUGUUGCAUUUCCCUAACUCUGCUGGGGACCUCAGGAUUGGAACAAACACACUCUCAAAAAGAUAAAUUCUGAGUAUUCUUAAGUAUGCAAUUAUUUAUAUAUAAGUAUUCAGUACUCAAGUAUUCAUAUACUGUAGGUAUACAUGAGUUAUACACAUUAUGUACUUAAUGUAGUAAAUAUAACGCAGGUUUGUAUUAUAUAGCUGAUAUAAAUUAAAUAUAUAAAUUAAAUAGUAGUGUCCUGUGCAAAAAGUACUUUUGAUCUCUGAACUCUUAAAACUUUAUGAAUAUGAACUUGUUGUUUUCUUUGCAUUAUUUGAGGUCUGAAAGCUCUGCAUCUUUUUUGUUAUUUCAGCCAUUUCUCAUUUUCUGCAAAUAAAUGCUCUAAAUGACAAUAUUAAACAACAAUGUUCAUUUUACUCAAAUAUAUACCCAUAAAUAGCAAAAUCAGAGAAACUGAUUGAGAGAAGUGGUCACAUAUUUUUUUCCAGAGCUGUUUAGCUUCCAUUGGGAUAUGGCAAAAGUCAUGGGACACUAUAAUAGUACAUGUCUCAUGAUAUGAUUGUGUAUUGUAUGAUCCAGUUUUAUUGUAACUUGCUUGGUUUUACUCUUGAUUAUUUUAGCUGUACAGCAUCAUCCAGCUUGCUUUCUGUGUUGUUUAUGGUUUUUGCGUCUCGUUAGAUGGUAAUAAACCUGAAGAAAGCUCAUGCUGAUACUCUGUCGUCGAUGUAAGUAAUGAAAAUAGCCUAAACUCUCAAAAUAUUGAACCCAUCCUGAGGUAAUUCCCACAAAGUUCAGCUCGAAAUACAAUUUCUUCUCCUGAAUAAUUUAGAAAGGCUUAGCGUAAAAGAAAAGGCAAGAAAAACAUGCUGUUCAAUGACUGGAAGUGAAAGGUAUUUCAAAGUUUUAAUACCUCAGAGCUGCUUUUGUAUGAUUUGUGUCUCUACCUCUUUCACUUUAUGCAAACAAGCCUAGUAAUAAAAACUUGCUUCACAUACUUUA